CCGCUCCAGCCUGCGCCCGCCCGCCCGAGCGCGCACUCACGGCCGCUCUCGCUCCUUGCUCCGCAGCCGCGGCCCAUGGAGCCCGCCGGCCCGGCCCCCGGCCGCCUCGGGCCACUGCUCUGUCUGCUGCUCGCUGCGUCCUGCGCCUGGACAGUUGGGGCCUUGCUGGCAGAAGAAAGCUCUGGUAUAUUUUACAUCUCUGGAGCGGCCGGCGAGGAGGAGCUACAGGUGCUUCAGCCCGACAAGUUCGUGUCAGUGGCAGCGGGACAGACGGCCACUCUGAACUGCACCCUGACCUCCCUGCUCCCUGUGGGGUCUGUUAAGUGGUUCAGGGGGUCGGAGCCAGGCCGGCAGAUGGUCUACAGUUUCAAACAAGGAAAAGAAGAAGGCCCCUUCCCCCGAGUGACCACUGCCUCAAAUAUCAUAGGCAGAGAUGACAGGGACUUUUCCAUCCGCAUCAGUAACAUCACCCCAGCAGACACGGGGAUCUACUACUGUGUGAAGUUCCAGAAAGGGGCCCCUGGCGACACAGAACUUAAGUCGGGCCCAGGCACGCAGGUCACCGUGAGCGAAAAUUCUUCGAACUUGAACGGAGUCUUUAUUGCGGUGGGCUUGGUGUGCAUCUUGCUGGUGGUCCUGCUGAUCAGUGCCCUCUACCUCCUCCGGGUCCGGCAGAGAAAAGCCAAGGGCUCCACUUCUUCUACAAGGUUGCAUGAGCCUGAGAAGAAUGCCAGAGAAAUAACCCAGAUCCAGGAAACCAACGACAUCAACAACGACAUCACCUAUGCAGACCUGAACCUGCCCAAGGGGAAGAAGUCUGCGCCGCUGGCUGCCGACCCCAACAACCACACGGAGUACGCCAGCAUCCAGACCGGCCCGCCGCCUGUCGCCGAGGACACGCUCACCUACGCCGACCUGGACAUGGUCCAUCUCAACCGGGGCCCCAAGCAGCCAGCCCCCAAGCCUGAGCCGUCCUACUCGGAGUAUGCCAGCGUUCAGGUCCCGCGGAAGUGAAGCACACCGGCGUCAGCUCUGGGGUCUGUUCCCGUGAGCCUUCCUGUCCCGCACGGGGACGGUGAUGAGGACAGCCAGCCCAGCUCCUGGAGGUCGGGGUGGCACAGGCCCUGGAGCCCAAGGGUGAGGGUGCUCUUGUCUCCCCAGCCCUCGGCUUCCCACCACUUCCAGGGCAGCCGCACCCCCGGUGUUGCUAGACAGGGAGGCUGAUUUCGCCGAGCCAGCCAGGGAACCUGGGACGUGGCUAGUCGCCACUGGGGGUCCAAGAACUCUCAUGCCUCUCUCCAUCCAUCGCGGGUCUUGGUCCUGGUCUCCGAGACCCUUGCCUGCCUCCUUGAUGCUCUGCAGUCUGAUCUUCCAGGUGAGGAGAGAGAAAACCCAUCUCCUCCCACCACGCCCACCACCACCCAAAUGGGGCUUUGGGGAACGGUUUUCCCUUGAGAACGAACUACCCUCUCCUCGGAGAAGCUGGCAAACUCUGGGGCCUGCAUCCCGAGACUGGGGGUGGUUCCUGCCAACAGUCUUGGCUUCCCCACCCCUGCACUGAGGAGCCGCACGCCCCUGGGGAGGAGAGGCCCCUUGGGGAGCCCCCACCACCACCACCAUCGCCACCACCACGGACCCGCGUCAUCCUCGUGGCCCUCCGAGCUCCUUGAGGACGCGCCACCCCAGCUGUGACACUCCGUGUGGCCCCACCUCCUCUCUAGACCCGAGCUUGCUUCCUCCAGCUAGCACUAACUCAGCAACAUCCCGCUGUGGACGCCUGUAAAUUAUCGAGAAAUGUGAAACGUGCAAUCUUGAAACUGAGGUGUUAGAAAAUUUGAUCUGUGGUGUUUUGUUUUGUUUUUUUCUUAAAACAACAGCAACGUUAUCUCGGCUCUUUGUCAUGUGUUGAAACCCAUGGUUGGGUCUUGUGCUGUCUAAGGUUGAAGAGCUGGUGGCCGCGGAGGGGUUUUCUCGCAGCAGAAACUGAGCUCCUCGCAGCCCCCAGCCCGAGCACGGGGGGAAGGCUCUGUCGGGCUGACCUGGAGUGCGGCCUUCUCUGCAGGACCGGCUGGGCCGAGCCGGCCGCGUAGGGACUGCGGCUGCCUGCCCAGCCCUGUGCUAACUGCAGUCCCGCCCAGCUACUCGAGGCUGCCUUCCCCACACAGUCUUGUCGAGACCUGAUGCCCCAGUCUGUACACUCGGAAGGAGGGGAGCAGAAGAUGUCCCCCCACACUCGGAGCACGUUGGGGCUGUGCCUGACGUUGGCCCCAUCCCAGUUCUCUGAGUUAGUCCUGCAGAGUGCAUCUUCCCCCUCUGCUCUCAAACCCAAUUAGAUCAAGCUGGAAUAAGUCCAAGACAGGCCGGCAGUGAGGCCAGGGCUGACCUGCCUCCUGUGCCCCAGCUCAGGAGACUGGACAGAGGCACUGACCCGUUACCCUGACACCCCACGCUUGCAGCUCAGUGUGCAGGCUGCCUGGGCCCAGGGCAGGCAGACGUUGCCAGUCCUGUUUAUCGGUCUGUGCAUGUAAUCUCAGCGUUGAGAUGCUUGUCUUCACGGCCCGCUCGUCUUCACAGUCUGCCGGCUUAACGUCCAAGGGGUUUGUGGCUCAGGCGGUCAGAGCAGGGGCUGAGUCUUCCCUGCCGGUCAGCAGGUCCUAUGGGUGAACUUCAGGAGCUCAGUACAGACCCGGCCCUUGUAGGGGACAGUGAUCUGUGAUUGACAUGAUGGCAUCCAGGCAGCCGCUGAGCCAACAGGCCAUGUGGGGCGCUCUGGCUGUACGAGCCAGUUUCUUGGUAGCAUCUGGGAGCACAGUGGCCCAGCCACCUGGCUCAGGCUGUUUCCAAAUUCUGAGGGGUUGGCAUGUAAACUUGAAUCUCCCUCUUCUCUGCCCAGAGAGAGCACACAUGCUUGGGUACAUGCACACACCUAGAAUUAUGAAAGAAUGUUUUCUUGGUGCCAUUUUAAUUUUACUUCAUUUCAAAUUUUGGAAGGGGAAUAGGGAUUGAGGUCAAGGAAGUCUUGCAGCUUUAGCUCCAGGCUGGCAGCCUGGAGAUUCCCAUACCUUGUGUAUUGAAGCCCAGGAAAAGGAAGAGGUCGCAUCAACAGUGUGGAAGAGCGUGGUUUCGGGAGUUUAUUUUAAGACUGCUGGGAAGGAAACAGGCCCCCUUUUGUAUAUAGUUGCAACUUAAACUUUUUGGCUUGCAAAAUAUUUUUGUAAUAAAGAUUUCUGGGUAACAAUGA